GUUCGUUCCGCCUCGUCGGAACCCGUUCUCGUCUUCCCUGGCCGUUCCCCGGCGCAUUCUCGACGAUGGCGACUCUGACAUCACAGAUGGCCUCGCUUAAGCUCGAAGCCUCUCACACGAUACCUGCGCCACCGCUUGCGAAACACAAGAGCGCUAGCCAGCUAGCGUCUCUGAAGCCGGCGAAACCGAUACAGGCCUCGGACACGAAACAGCCUACGAAGUCACCCCUUCAAGAUGCACUCGAUAUCGGGCAGUAUGACGGGGGACUGGAGCUAGAGAACGAGAAGCGCGGGGAGCUGGUGACUGGAGCUGCCGCAGUCGAACUCGCACUGGAUUCGAGCCUUUCCAAUAUAUCUCCCACGCGGGAGUGGUCGCUGCACUCAUUCGACAUGGGUCGCCCGCUCGGCAAAGGAAAAUUCGGGCGCGUCUACAUGGUCCGGACCAAACAACAACCGCACUACAUCCUCGCGCUCAAAACGCUGUACAAAUCCGAGCUCGUCGCGCACCACGUCGAGAAGCAGACGCGGCGGGAGAUCGAAAUCCAGCAGAACCUGCGCCAUCCGAACGUCCUGCGCCUCUACGGCUACUUCCACGACGACAAGCGCAUAUUCCUCAUGCUCGAGUUCGCCGCGAAGGGCGAGUUGUACAAGCAGCUCGUCAAGUACGGGAAGUUCUCUGAGAGACGGAGCUCGCGGUACAUCGCGCAGAUGGCCGAUGCGUUGAUCUAUCUACAUGGCAAGCACGUUAUCCACCGAGACAUCAAGCCAGAGAAUCUGCUGCUGGGGAUCAACGGCGAGCUGAAGAUUGGUGACUUCGGAUGGUCUGUCCAUGCACCGGGCCUGCGACGCACGACGCUUUGCGGGACAACAGACUAUUUGCCUCCGGAGAUGCUUGAAAAGAAGCCGCACAACGAGAAGGUCGAUCACUGGGCGUUAGGGGUGCUGGCGUACGAAUUUUUGACGGGGGCUCCUCCGUUCGAGGACAGGAAGAGUGUGGACAACACGUACCGGCGCAUCGUGAAAGUCGAUCUCAAGUUCCCAGUGAACAUGCCUCCCGACGCGCAGGAUCUGAUCUCCCAACUGUUGCGCCACGACCCCCAGGAUCGACUGCCGUUGAGUGAUGUGCUGAAGCACCCGUGGAUCGUCAAAUGGCAGCCUCGAAAGGCUUGACAGACGGAGGGUUAUCUAUAUCUGUUGUAGUAUAUAUGUAUAUGCACUUAUGUAGCCUGUAACAGGUAAUCGAGAGACGGAGAUGUAAAAGAGAGUUAUGUAUGUAUGAUAUGAUACAAGGAGCGUGCGGGUAUGUGCGUAUUAGUGCUAUAAUAUAACGCGGCUGUUGGUCUGAUCUUUUCAAGGCGACCGCUUGCGCUUGCCCAGCUUCGUGCUGCUGGACCCACAAGCAUUGCUGUUCCCGGAGCCAGUGCUCGCAGUCGACCCGUCGCCAGAGCCGUUCUUGGGCGCCUUGGGUGUGCUCUUGCCGCCGGUCGAGGUGCUGCCAUCGGCAGCCGGCGCAGGCUUGUUGACCGCAGCGUCGUUGGCUUUCAGCUUGCCUAGAGUUUUCGCGGACCGCGCUGUGUUGGCGUCGGCAGCCGCCUUGUACGUCGAUCUCUUCGUCCCAUCCGCAUUGGGCGCAUCUGAGACCUAGUGAGGACAAAUUGCAGAGGUCUGGGACUCCACUGACAGAUCUUUUUGAACGCAGCUUUCUGCGAGUCGCUGCCCGAAGCCUCCACGGUCGCACGCCAAGUGUGCAGAAGCGUAUCAAUGUUGUCACCCGUGGUUGCUCGCUCGGUCUUGAACCGUUGAAUGUGGUCGUCUGCAGUGGCCGUCAACGGAAAGUAGCCGCUUUGGGGUGAUAGCUCAACGUACCAGCAACACUGUACAUGAGCUUGCGUCCCGCGUCAGUGUACUUUUUCUGCCAGCAAUGUCAGACACCGAACAUCAAACAAUCCAAUUCGAGGACGGCACUCACGUAAGCAGACUUCAGCGCUUUCU